AUGGCCUGCUUCGGCGACACCAUCGACUCACUCUUGGAGACAUAUUCCAUGUGUCUGUCUAUACUCAAGAAUCUGAAGGGACCUCGCCACAGCAAGCAACCUCGGCAACUUCGGAAGAGCAUUCGCUCCGACAGGUCCAAGGUUCAAAGUGUAUACUCUUCGCAACUGUCCGUGGCUGGCAUUCAUUUUGAAAAGGGCGACGCUGUGGCUCGAUCUUCUGUGCGAAAACUCACCAAGCGUCUUACAACGGCCGCGACUAGGUUACUUCAUCUUAUGACGAGGGGCCAGAACCCCGUCAUUGACUACCAGUCACUCAAGACUCUCUCCAACUCAUCGCGCAUUGAUGCCGUCAAGGCAAUCAAUGAUCUAUCACGGCGACUCAGUACAUCGUCCUUGGAACCCAGCUCGUCCGGGUCAAGCAAGAAGAGCAAAAGUCCAAGGAGGACCCUCGUGGCAGACAAUAGGUCAAAGUCGAAGGACAAGGAAGCCCCGAGGUGCAAGCUUCUCAAAGGCACAGCGGAGGAGCCAGAGCCAGAGGCAGACCCUGUCCACACACAACAACUGAAAGCAGAGAAACGCAUGUCGAUGGCGACAAUAUCAUCAGGGAGCACAAAGCUGGGUGAGAUUGGUCCCAAUAAGCUGCGGCGAUGGCCGUCGAACAAGUCAGCACCAGUAGACCAGUUCAGCGUACAGCCAACAUACCCGUUAAGGCCUUACCACCAACCCGAUGUCAAACGCAACAGGCUGUGGGGGCUAUUUGGGCGACGAUGA